AUGGCCAUGGCCCGGCGCCUACCAGCCCAUCUCUCGCACACGAGCGCACUUGCACUGCUUCCCCCGUCUAGCAUUGCUGCACCUAUUGAGACAAUACGCCGCGCCCAUGACAAGAACUUUGCACGAUGGCCGCCUCAUAUUAAUCUGCUCUAUCCAUUCUUGUAUUUGCCCACUGAACCCGGACAGGGCCAGCUGUUGCCCACUGAGACCGGGAAUAAAGACGUCAAGAGUUUUUCCUCAAUGUCUUUGAAAGCAGACAUACGAGCACGUAUCCAGCACGCCGUCAAGUCCAUCGAGCCCUUCGACGUCACACUCAAUGCUGAUGCGGCGGGAACAUUCUCGCACAGCAAGGGCGGUAGGGCUGGGUGGACAAGCAAGACCGUGUGGCUAGAACCGUCAACUCUGCGCAUCCAACAUCUUCAAGCAGCACUGCAAGCCGAGUUCAAAGAGUGUGACGCGGACAAGAGACCGUUUACGCCUCAUCUGUCCCUCGGUCAAGCGGACAGUGAUUAUGCUGCACAGAGACUGAAGGAAGAUGCAAGGAGCGCUGUUGCUAGUUUUGUUGGUCAGGAAGGAGGCGCGUCUGCUUCGCUAGAUUGGCAUGUCGAUAAAGUCUUUGUCAUCACGCGCAAAGGAUAUCAUGAUAGAUUUAAUAUAGUCGGAAGUAUAGACCUAGGAAAAUGA